AUGUCUUCCAAAAGCCCAUUAACAAUAACUCACCCUAGCGCUAACACCACCGUAACCCCCACCACUGCUUUUAACAGCACCACCACCACCGCCUCGCCUGGGUUCCUGACCCAGCUGCUCAACAAGAUCCCUUUGCCGAGGUGGGCGGUUUACGCCAUCUUUGCCCUGGUUAUCCUGGUGUUUGUGGUCUGCCUGCUCUGCAUCUGCGUGAAAUGCUGCUGCAAGGGGAAGAAGAAGAGGAAGAAGAAGGUGGACCAGCAGAUCAACAUGAAAGGUGUAAAUGGCUCCACCACAACGGCGCUGGUCCAGCCAGAGAUAGAUGAUGUGGAAUAUGGGUCAGCAGACAAGCCCAGGGGAAGACUGCUGUACUCUCUGGAAUAUAACGCCCAGGACUCAGAGCUCACAGUGGGAAUAAAGGAGGCUACAGCCUUAAAAGCCAUGGAUCUGGGAGGAACAUCUGACCCCUAUGUAAAAGUCUACAGCCUCCCCAACAAGUCAAAGACAUAUGAGACCAAGGUGUUCAGGAAAACACUCCAGCCAGUCUUCAAUGAGUAUUUUAAAUUCCAGAUCCCUCAGUCAGAGCUCAGUGAUUCCACGCUGGUGAUGCAGGUGUACGACUUCAACAGAUUUUCCAAACAUGAGAUCAUUGGCGAGCUAAGAUUGCAGCUUGGCACCAUAGACUGGAAUCAUGUUAUUGAAGAGUGGAAAGAUCUGGGUGAAGCAUCCAAGUUUGAGCAGGAAAACCUUGGGGAGAUAUGCUUCUCUCUGCGUUAUGUUCCCACUGCCAGCAAAUUGACUGUGGUUAUCCUGGAAGCCAAGAACCUGAAGAAGAUGGAUUAUGGAGGGCUAUCAGAUCCGUAUGUGAAAGUGCAGCUGAUCCUGGACAAGAAAAAGUGGAAGAAAAAAAGGACGACAGUGAAGAAGAAAACACUGAAUCCUUACUUCAAUGAAUCAUUUAACUUUGAAGUGUCCUUUGAUCAGAUACAGAGGGUCCAGCUGGUGAUAUCUGUGUGGGACUACGACAAGGUAAGCAGGAAUGACGCCAUCGGGAAGAUCUUCCUGGGCUGCGAUGCCUCCGGGAACCAGCUGCGCCAUUGGGCGGACAUGCUGUCCAAUCCCCGCAGACCGGUGGCACAGUGGCACUCUCUCCUGUCGGCCGAACAGGUCGACUCCACCCUGGCACUUAAGCACACCCUCAAGAUCCCCUUCACCAACAAAACCUUCUGAGG